UCAUAUGUGUGUCUCUCUUAACCGCGUCUGUCUGUAGUGUCGAUUGGAGGUUCGGCUCCGUCUGUCCGGCCGCAGACAUGGCGACUCCGCUCGUGUCCUGCUGAAUAUGAACCGGGUCAACGCGCUCACCUCACAACAUCGCCGUUUCAGGUCAUAUUAUCAGUGGGAAACCGCACACAAGUGGAUUCCGAACUGAGGUUGAGUGAGAAAGAUUAUGGUGAAACAAGGUCAUACAUCAUCUGCGGGACAGAGGUUAGGGGCACCAGAAACCCGGGGCAUCAGCACCCUGGACCCUGGGCACAAACCCCCUGUGAUGCCACCUGGAAAACAGAUGCCCGUCAGAGUCCUGCUUCUGGAUGACACAGAAGUGACAUUCGACGUAUCGCAUCAAUGUUGUGGUCGGGUUUUGUUUGAGAUGGUCUGCUCUCAUCUCAAUCUUAUUGAGGGCGAUUAUUUUGGCCUGGAGUUUCACAACCAUCACAGACAGACAGUCUGGCUGGAUUUACUAAAGCCCAUUAGAAAGCAAAUCACACGGUCCAAACACACAGUUCUUCGGUUUGUUGUGAAAUUUUUUCCACCCGAUCAUUCACUUCUGCUGGAAGAGCUGACCAGGUACUUGUUUGCUCUACAGGUGAGACAGGAUCUGACCAGUGGACGUCUCACUUGUAGUGAUGGCAGCGCUGCUCUUCUGGUAUCUCAUAUCAUCCAGUCUGAGAUUGGUGAUUUUGAGGAAACUCAAUGCAGACAGCAUCUUCUAAACACCAACUACAUUCCGGAUCAGAUGGCCCUGAUGGACAAAAUUAUGGAGUUCCACCAUAGACAUAUUGGGCAGACUCCAGCAGUGUCAGAUCAGCAUCUUUUGGAGGUGGCAUGUAGGUUGGAGAUGUACGGCAUACGACUCCACCCGACUAAAGACAAAGAGGGGACGAGACUCAAUCUGGCUGUAGCACACAAUGGUGUCCUGGUGUUUCAGGGUCACACCAGGAUCAACAGUUUCAGCUGGUCAAAAGUUCGCAAGCUGAGUUUCAAGAGAAGAAAGUUCCUCAUCAAACUUAGAGCAGAUCCGAGCCAGAACAUUGGUCCAGAUACUCUGGAGUUUUUAAUGGCAAGUCGGGACUGUUGUAAAAUGUUCUGGAAGAUCUGUGUGGAGUAUCACGCCUUCUUCAGGCUCUACGAAGAGCCCAGAGCGAAACCCAAAGCAGUGUUAUUCCCUCGUGGCUCCUGCUUCAGGUUUAGCGGCCGGACACAAAAGCAGGUUAUAGAUUAUGUGAAGGAAAAUGAGUUUAAAAAACUGCCAUACGAAAGGAAACACAGUCGAGUUCAGUACAACAGCAGCAGCACAUCACCUCUUCAUUCUGUCCUGCCAAAACAAGCUGGUAGGCAGACCUGGGAAGGCUCAUUUCUAGCAAGUUCAGAAGAUUCUGCUGUAUUGAAACCUGCUGGAAACUCCUCCCCUUCGAACCAGGAGAACGGAUGCAGCAACCAAAUGGAGAACAGCCAACAUCAGGCUGAUAAACAGCAGCACACAGAUCAAUCAGAGGUCACACAAGCUCUGGUGACAUUAGUAAACGGUUACACUGACGACUUCAGAGGUGUGACCCCAUCACCCCUCAUAUCACCUGUGCUGAAUGACAGCGCUGCCAAACGCAUAGAUGAGGAAGAGGACAACAGGACAAAGAUCUGUCCUGCAGAUGAUGUAUACUUCAUAACUAAAGAACUGUUGAACACUGAGAGGACGUACCUGAAAGACCUGGAGCUCAUCACACAGUGGUUUCAGGCAGUGUUGGAUAAAGAGGAGUGUGUUCAUGACUCUCUGAAGAAACUCCUGACCUCCACCUAUGGGCCUCUACACACACACCAUACACAAUUCCUGCAAGAGCUCGAGGAGAGACUCUCAAUGUGGGAAGGGCGGUCAAAUGUUCAAGUUAAAGAAGAUUUUCAGUGUGUAGGAGACCUGCUGCUAAAGCUCAUCGGUGAUCUGAAGUCUCUCUCAGCAGAGCUUCAGAUGAGUUCAGACUGUGUUUAUGUACUGGAGAAAGCCUGCGCUGCGUCUCAGAGACUGAUGUCUGUGUGCCGGGACUUUGAGCAACAGAAAGUUUGUUAUAUUCCAUUAAAUGUCUUUCUGCUGAGACCUCGACAUCGACUGCUGCACUACAGACAGAUCCUGGACCGACUCUGCAAACAUUAUCCAUCCACACACAACCAAUACAGCAGCUGCAAAGCUGCAUUUUCAGAUGUGUGUGAAUUGGAGUCUGAGCUUCAUUCUGCUCUGGUGGACACUGAGAACUUUCAGAAACUCCUGGAGCUUCAGAAGGAUUUGAUCGGUGUGGAGGAUCUGGCCAUGUCGGGACGUCAGCUCAUCAGACUCGGCUGCCUCAGCAAACUCUCUGGGAAAGGCCUUCAACAACGCAUGUUCUUUCUGUUCAAUGAUGUACUUCUGUACAGUACUCGUGGGAUAACAUCAACCAAUCAAUUCUCAGUACACAGACAACUUCCUCUACGAGGCAUGACAAUCCGGGAGAGCGAGGACGAGUGGGGCGUUCCACAUUCUUUCACACUGAUGGUACAGCAGCAGUCACUGGUGGUUGCUGCCUGUUCAGAGUCAGAAAUGGAGAAAUGGAUGGAGGAUAUAAAGAAAGCUAUUGAUCUGGCGGAGGAAUGUAAUGGAUUGGUUAGCAGUCUGCUUGUGUCUAAUCGGGACUUCAAAUCCUCUGGGGUUUCAGAAGUGGACUCAGAGGAUGAUCUCAGUGGGUCACAGUCAUCUACGAUGCGUCAUGGCAACAGCUCAGUGAACAUACAUCACCGUGGUAACACUACAGCACAUGUGUGUUGGCAUCGUAACACCAGUGUUUCUAUGAUGGACUUCAGCAUAGCAAUAGAGAAUCAGCUCUCAGGAAAUCUACUCAGAAAGUUCAAGAACAGCAAUGGUUGGCAAAAACUCUGGGUCGUUUUCACCAACUUCACCCUGUUCUUCUACAAAACACAUGAGGAUGAAUAUCCAUUGGCUAGUUUGCCAUUGUUGGGUUACUCAGUUAUUAAAGCUGGUGAAUCAGAAAACAUUCAUAAAGAUCACGUCUUUAAGCUGCACUUUAAAUCUCAUGUCUAUUACUUCAGAACUGAGAGUGAAUACUUUUUCCAAAGAUGGAUGACCGUGAUUAGAAGUGCCACAGUGUCUGCCAGCAGAACCCGCUAUCUGAACCGGACCGAACCAGACUAAACCACACAGAAUCACGCUGUCUGAGUCACUAAACCACACCGAACCUGCUUUCUUAAUCAUACACUCCAAAAAAAAAAAAAAGCUUGUAAUCAUAGGGGAACCAUUUUUAGUGCUAUAUAGCACCUAUAAAGCACCUGUAAAGAACCAUACAGAGGUGAUAUAGCACCAUUAUAGCACCAGAUAUGGUUCUAUAUAGCACUAUAUGGUUCUACACAGGUGCUACGUAGGUGCAAUAUAGCACUUAAAAUGGUUCCCCUAUGAUUACAAGCCAGGGAACCACUUUUAGUGCUAUUUAGCACCAUUUGUUUUAAGAGUGUACAGAACAUGUAAGGUGCUGAGGUGUGUGGUUCUGUAUUGUUUAUAUUUGUGUGUGUUUAUAUGACAAUGUCACAUUAGUGACUGACUUUUUAAGACAUUAUAACAAAGUCACAUAGAAUGACAUGAAGGGGGUAUGUCACAUUAUCACAUCUGAACUUUCUUCAGUUAUUUAUCAGCCUCCGUUAUAUAUUUGUUGAUAUAAAAACAAUGAACAAACAUAGUUUUGAUAUAAAAGUUAGAGUCCACUUUAAGUAAAAAAACUAAAUGUAAAAAACAGAGCAGCCUCGAUAAGUCCUUAAUUAUUUUAGGUGUCAUAUUGCACUUAUCCUAUUAAAGCAGGCCUUUGAUAGUGUUGUCUGGGCCAAUAUAACAAAUAUAACUAGUUAAAAGCCAGGUAUGGGUGACUAAGAUCACCAGUGUGUCUUACAGUCAGACAGUUUGGAUAAUAAGUGCCUGGCUUGUUUUCUUAUCACAGAAUUUCCUAAGAUCAAAGGUGCUGUAUUCACAGGAUGGGGCAAACAUGUAUGCUGAAGUUUUUCAAUCUAUAUUUAGGCUGUUAUCUUGAGACAUCUUAGUUGUUUGGGAAAAGCGAAAAUAAAAGUGUUAUCGAAGGCUCGAAUGUAAACAAAGAAGUGGAAUUUCCCUUUAAAGCAACACUAUGUAGUUUCCAUGUAAAAAUUACUUUCAG